GCUUUGUUUACAUCCGGCAGUUUUCGCGUGUUCUGAUCGUCAUUUCCUGGUUCUGCUAUUUUAGUGCUUUCGUUGGUUUUCCCUAUCAAUAUUUUCCUCCUUAACCAUUGGUCCUACUGCUAAUGGUUUAAUGCGCUUAAACCACUUUUCUCGCCGCGUUAAGUCUCACCGGUCCCUCUGAUGCACAACGGAUGCGGUGUCGCUUUAAGAUCCAGUUCCCCAAUCAAACUCUCUUCAAUAGACGUUCCCGUUGAACCACUAUAAAAAACGCGCACUUCUUCACGGCCUUAUUGUCGCCAAAUACAACCACAGCUUCUUUUCAGGUAUAUCUUCCAGCUUGAUCAACAUCUCCAUAGCCGAAUGGAAUUCUUCAUCUAUGGCACAACCAGCGAUUUCACCUCCAGUGGAUAAUACAUUCCUUUCAGACACCUUUCCACAAACAAUCCAGCCGAGUUUAGUUUGUAACAAGUUGGGAAGAUGGUUCGCUAAUGCAAUGCGGCCUUGUUCUAAUAGCUCUCCGAACACCUCUGCACCAAUUAGCAAGUCAAUCCUUUCCGGCUUGAAAAACAAUGGAUCGGCUAAUACGACUUCGUUCGGAAUAUUCCAUCUGCUGACAUCACUAUAUCGACUGGGAAAGUCUGCCGUUACUCUCGGAAGUACAAGAAAAUUGAGCGUUGUCUGAUAGUCUGAAACACGAGACUUAAUCUGGGCCGAAACCAUACCAUUCGCAAAUACUGACACUGAUCCGAUGCCUGAGAGUGGUUUGAGCAUUGUCUUCUUGCGCAGUUUCAGUUGUUGUGCCAAUCUUUCAGAAAUAAAGUUGGAUUGUGACCCUUGAUCAAUCAACGCUCUGGCUGGAUGUUUUACUCCUUGCUCGUUUUGUACCAGUACGACAGCCGUUGAGAGCCACACCAUGCUCUCCAAUUUAGAUUCGUCACGUGUAGCUGCAUUGAUGUUGAUGUCUUCGUUCGUGGGCUGCAUAGGCAAUUGAUGUUGUUGCGACGGGAUCUACUGCCCUUUACAUAACAUCGUGUGAUGUCUACCGUUGCACUGGCUGCAUCUCGUGGUCGCUCUGCAGAAUCUGAUGCGAUGAUUUUGCCUCAAACAGCUGAAACACAGGCCCUUUUUCUUCACCACUUCUUCCCUCUCAGCAACACUUAGUUUUCCAAAGGCCACACAAUUCGCCAAAUAGUGCUGAUCAUCGCAAACAGGACACACUUUUCUAGUCAAUGUGUUAUGGUCCAACCUGGCUCGGUAGAUCUGUCACGGGAACUCACCGGUGACAUGCAACGGUCACCGGUUGAUGUGUUAGUGCGAUCUACCGAGAGGUCAGCGAACGAGCGUGAGCGUCCACUAAGAGAUCAGAUUCGUCCUAGCGUCCGAGCGGUGAUCUCUCCCCGAUUGACUGUAUGUGCUGUGUCUGUGCGUUGAUAUACAAGUGGCGUGAAUUUGUAUCCGUGUAAAAUAUUUGAUGUAUAAAUAUAGGUUCUGUUAAAAACAAAACAUAAAAGUGGCGACGAGGAAAUAAGACAAAAAAACAUACAAUAUUCAUUAACAAGAACUUUUCGUGUCGCGUUCGUAAGUUUUUUUUUUCGCGCUCCGCAAUCGUUUCGCGUGUUACGUGCUAUCUCUGUAAAAAAGGACAAUUCCGCCAAAACGCCGCAGAAUUAUGUUUAGCCCCGACGACACUACCGGGAUGGACGAUCAACGUCGGUUGUCCCAGAACGGAGCAAACGCAUUGAACGCAGCUUUCGUCCCACGCCAGCAUCCGCCAUCGCAAAGCACAGGGACGCUUACAGUUCAUCCACCCUCCCAGCAUCCCGCCGCAGCAGCACAGUCAGGCACGGCGACGCAGGGUCCCGACACAGCGAUGCUGUACCAAAUGCUGCAACUAAUGCAGCAACAAAUGCAGCAGCAGCAGCAACAGCAACAAAUGAUGGCACAGAUGAUGCAGCAGCAACAGCAUACAGCACCCCAGCCCCAGUACCAACCGCAGCAGCAGCCAGCAGCGCCACGAGACCCCGAGAUCAUCAUGGAUGCAUUAUCGGCAAGCAUCACGGAAUUCCGGUACGAGGCAGAAUCCGGUUUAACUUUCAACGCGUGGUACAAGCGUUACGAGGACGUGUUUGCACAAGAUGCUUCCCGGCUCGAGGAUUCGGCAAAAGUUCGGUUGAUGAUGAGGAAAUUGGGCACGAUCGAGCACGCACGGUACUCAAACUACAUCCUACCACAGUUGCCCCGCGACAUCAGCUUCAAUGAAACGGUAAGCAAGCUUAAAACCCUAUUCGGCUUAACAGAAUCGCUGCUUAGUAAACGUUACAGAUGCCUAAAGAUAGUGAAAGCGAGGAACGAGGAUCUGUUAACCUUUUCGAGCCGAGUAAACCGCGCCUGUGACGACUUCCAGUUCGCAUCGAUGAAUGAAGCGCAAUUCAAAUGCCUUAUACUGAUAUGCGGAUUGAGAGACGAUGCGGAUGCCGAGAUCCGCAUGCGAUUGCUGACCAUCAUUGAGGGGAAAUCGGAGAUAACGUUGGAGCAACUGUCUACCGAAGGUCAACGCAUUCUGGGUCUCAAAGUAGACAGCGCGUUGAUAUCCGCCGAGGGGGUAGAUCGAGUACUGGCGUUGCACAACGAAGAGAAGCGACGUUUUCCUGCAACAAACCGGCCUAACUACACGCACCAGCGCCAGACGCAGCCGCGAAAUGUGGAAAGUGCACCGGUGUCGAAACCACGCAGACCGUGCUGGUUGUGUGGUGAAUACCACUGGGUGCGAGAGUGUACGUACGGCUCUCACAAGUGUCAGGAUUGCGGGAGACACGGACAUCGAGAGGGCUACUGUCGCACUUCGGGCCCAAGGAGAGAGAGAGGAUCCCGAUUCCGCAAGCGAUCAGCUGUAGCGAUACGUGUAGUGACGGUCAAUGUGGGCAACGUGCAACAAAAACGUAAAUACGUUAUCACGCAGAUAGGAACCAGGACGAUCGAAUUGCAGCUCGACACAGGAUCCGAUAUCACUAUUAUCGGACGGGAGACGUGGAAGCAGCUCGGUAUGCCAACGCUUUCAUCGGCAAAAGUACACGCAAAAACGGCAUCGGGUACACGUCUGCAGCUCGACGGCGAAUUCAAAUCGCAUGUGACGAUUCACGGGAGGACAGAAGUUGCGACAAUCCGUGUCGUACCAUCAGACUUGCAUUUAUUAGGAGCGGAUAUCAUCGACCUUUUCCAACUGGGACAGAUGCCUUUAGAUGUGCUUUGCAGCAAAGUAGAAUGCGAAUCUGCUACCUGGGAAAACAGAUUUCCGGCCGUGUUUAAUGGUACAGGGCUAUGCACGAAGGCCAACAUUAAACUGCAUCUAAAACCCAACGUCCGCCCUACCUUCUGUCCAAAACGUCCGGUGGCUUACGCCAUGCAAGCAACUGUUGAGAAGGAGCUAAAUCGCCUGGAACAGCUGAAGGUCAUCACGCCAGUUGAUUAUUCCGAGUGGGCCGCGCCAAUUGUCGUCGUUAGGAAGAGCAACGGUAGCAUCCGAAUAUGUGGGGACUAUUCGACAGGACUGAAUUCGGCUCUUCGGUCACACGAGUAUCCACUACCGCUCCCAGACGAUAUCUUCUCCAAAUUGGCCCAAUCUAGAUACUUCAGCAAAAUCGACCUUUCCGACGCAUUCUUGCAAGUCGAAAUCGACGCCAAAUACCGCCCCCUGCUUACGAUUAACACCCAUCGCGGUUUGUACCACUACAACCGCCUACCGCCUGGUAUCAAAAUCGCUCCCGCUGCUUUUCAACAACUUAUUGAUACCAUGCUCGCAGGGCUGAAGGGCACAUCAGGGUACAUGGAUGACGUAAUAGUCGGAGGUAAAACGGAACGCGAGCACGACGAGAAUCUGCUGAACCUUUUCCGUCGUAUUCAGCAAUACGGAUUCACUAUCCGUGCGGAAAAGUGCGCUUUCAAGAUGGAGCAGAUCGAAUACCUCGGGUUCAUCAUCGAUCGACGUGGCCUUCGACCCAAUCCAGCUAAGAUCGAAGUUAUAAGAAAGCUGCCAGCGCCAAGAAACGUGAGUGAAGUCCGGUCAUUCCUAGGCGCGAUAAACUAUUACGGCAGAUUCGUACCCAGAAUGCGUGACCUACGAUACCCGCUAGACGCCCUAUUAAAGCACGAGGACAAAUUCGCUUGGACACCAGAAUGUGAGCGCGCCUUCACCCGUUUUAAGGACAUGCUAUCCUCCGAGUUGUUGUUAACGCAUACGAUCCGAACGCCGAAAUAGUAGUGUCUGCAGAUGCAUCAGCCGUGGG